UUAAUUGUAGAGAUGGGGUCGCCAUGUUGGCCAGGUUGGUCUCGAACUCCUAGGCUCAAGUGAUCCGUGCCCCUCGGCCUUGCAAAGUGCUGGGAUUACAGGCGUGAGACCCCGCGCCCGGCCACGCCUUUGCUGACUGCUUCAAAACUUUUUCGAAUUGACUUCAGUCAUUAUAGCUUAGCUUUAUCCUUGCUCCCGUUCAAUUCCUGGAGUUUUCUUCCGCCGUUGCCGGAGGAGGUGCCUCCACGCUCAUCUCCAGCACCCAGGAGGCUUGACGCCACCCCAGCGCGCCCCCGCGCCAGCCGUCACCGGGACGUGACUCGCGGAACGUCUGCUCCGGGCGGCGGCGGCCGCGACAGCAGGCUGGCUUGUACCCCUACAACGCGUGUCCGGCUUCUGCCUGACAUUCCUAUCUGGGUUCCGAGCUGGGGCCGGGUGCUCUCGGUCCCGCAAUCUGAGAAGUUUUCGCGAGUUUUAGAAGUUUCCUUAGGUAUCCUGAGGGCUUUCCUCAGCGGAGUCUCCAUUCAGGCACUUAUUCAGCCACCCAUUUCCCCUUUAGGGGUCCUCGCUGCUCUCCCAGCAGCUAAUUAAGUGACGGACGCAGUAGCCUAGGAGACUGCCUGAUUGACGGGCAUAAUUACCAACCGACUUCCGGAAACUCCAGUCAGGGCCUGCCCCGCGCGUGACCGACGGCCCAAUUAAAGAAGUGGAAGUGCCAAAGGGGGAGGUAACGGGGCGGCCUGGGUUGUGGCGGUUCCCUGGUGAUUGCACGCUGGGGUUGAGGCGUCUGCCGACAUUCGGACGAUGCCGUGACGCGGCAUGGCGACACUGUUGGCUGUGUGAGCGCACCCUGUAGAGGGAGCCCUUCGGUCCUGGAGGCGGCGCGGCGUGGAGACAGGUUGCUGUUUGAGAGCGCUCCCUCGAAGCCCCUCAGCGAGUGGGGGAGGGGCGGCGGACGGCGAGCGGUCCCGGUCUGCGCUUGCGCCGGCGCCUCUGCCGACCCGGCCUGCACGCACGCGCAUGCCUGUAGCGCGCGGAGCCGCGGUGGCCGGCAGCACUACGCUUGCGCGGUGAGGAACCCGCUAAGGAGCGGCGCUGGCGGACGUCGGGCUGGCGGCCCGUGACGUCGUGAAGAGAGCUUUAAAGUGCGGGCCGGGCCGAGCGUCCGAGGGUCUGGUCUGGAGUCGGGCCGCGUCUCCACAGCAGCCCUCCGCGGCAUGAGGCGCUGCCGGCGCCCCUGCCCCCCGGGACGUGGAGAAGGUGGAGGAGGAAAAAGCCCCGUUGUCGUUGCAUGACCCGCCGCCCCUGAGGCCCGACCCCACGCCUGGACCCUCGACGCCCCCCCGCCGGGUCUCCAGCUCACGUAUGGGAGUUCGGCGCUAAGGACCCCCUUUCCCUCCGGGGUCCCCGGGGCGCGUCCCCCUAGAGCCAUGCCUGGCUGCCCCGCCCGCCCCGGAGGACCCUAGAGCAGCGUCGUGGGGGCCAUGGCGGCCGCCAGCGGCUACACGGACCUGCGUGAGAAGCUCAAGUCCAUGACGUCCCGGGACAACUACAAGGCCGGCAGCCGGGAGGCCGCCGCUGCAGCUGCCGCCGCCGUAGCCGCCGCGGCCGCGGCCGCCGCCGCCGCCGAACAUUACCCGGUGUCCGGGGCCAAGCGCAAGUAUCAGGAGGACUCGGACCCCGAGCGCAGCGACUACGAGGAGCAGCAGCUGCAGAAGGAGGAGGAGGCGCGCAAGGUGAAGAGCGGCAUCCGCCAGAUGCGCCUCUUCAGCCAGGACGAGUGCGCCAAGAUCGAGGCCCGCAUCGACGAGGUGGUGUCCCGCGCUGAGAAGGGCCUGUACAACGAGCACACGGUGGACCGGGCCCCACUGCGCAACAAGUACUUCUUUGGCGAAGGCUACACUUACGGCGCCCAGCUGCAGAAGCGCGGGCCCGGCCAGGAGCGCCUCUACCCGCCGGGCGACGUGGACGAGAUCCCCGAGUGGGUGCACCAGCUGGUGAUCCAAAAGCUGGUGGAGCACCGCGUCAUCCCCGAGGGCUUCGUCAACAGCGCCGUCAUCAACGACUACCAGCCCGGCGGCUGCAUCGUGUCUCACGUGGACCCCAUCCACAUCUUCGAGCGCCCCAUCGUGUCCGUGUCCUUCUUUAGCGAUUCUGCGCUGUGCUUCGGCUGCAAGUUCCAGUUCAAGCCUAUUCGGGUGUCGGAACCAGUGCUUUCCCUGCCGGUGCGCAGAGGGAGCGUGACUGUGCUCAGGUAACCCACCUGGGUGGAGGGGGCGGCCCUGCGCCUGCUGCCUUAACUACCCACCCUGGCCCAGAAAGCAGCAGCCCAGUAGGAGCAAGAGAAGGGUUCUGUGUUUAAAUACCUAUAGCAAGAAAAUAGGGCUCAGGGAACUGAUGUGGAAAUCCUGUGCCCGAAGGCAGGUUUGACAGGAUCACUGACUUGGCUGAGAAUUCAUUGAACGCCAUCUUUUCAAAAGGCUAAGACGUUUCCCUUUGAUUUCUCAGUUUUCCUUUCUGGCCUUCCAUUUCCAAAUCUAUACUUUUAAAAAAUGUUUUUUGAAUUUACUAUCUAAAAGUCUUUCUUGUUCUGUCAUUUUUGGUUUCCUUAACAGAAAAUGUUCAUGGAUUCCUUAACAGAGAAAAUAGUCACAGGCAAAGGCCCCAGAGAUUAUUUAAUUGAAGCACAUUCUCCAUUCCCAGGAAGGGGAGUGACUUCCCUGGAGUUGGACAAAUUAGUGGUUGGGCUAGGAAUAGAGAGCAGCACACUCUUAGAAUUCUUCCCGCUUGGCUGCAAAAGAGCCCAUCAGUUCUUCGUAAGAACGUGUUACCUGUAGUCAGGACUGAAUACAACAGAAUACAGCUGGUCUCUUGACUGUGUGUUUGGCCUUAUAGUUGCAUGAGCAACAGAACUUAGGCUUUUGGCCUAUAUUUGGUCCCACAUCCUACUGAGAAUUAGCUCAGUGCCCUGGCCCCCAGAGGAGGUUGCCAGUGGGAACACCUCUACUGUUUAUGUGAAGUGAAAACUUACUUGGAAGCUGCAUUCUCCAGUCCUGAAAAAGGUAAACCUAGUAAUAUAAUUCAGUAAUCCCCAAAACCUCUUAGGUCUAGCCUGCAGCUGUUUUCAGAGCAGCUUGGUUGACCACCACCAAAUACAGGGUGAGGGCCCAAUGGGCUUUUGUCGUGAGCAGCUCAGGUUCUGAAGUGAGUCAGCAGGGCCAAAGUCAUGAGGAGCAGCAGGAUCCCUGGAACCUUCUUCAUAUCAUAAGGGCAGGCCAUCUAUCUCAUUUGAGUCGAGCAGCUGAGGCUGCUUCCAUGUUGGGGAUGGCAGCAGAGCCUUGUGCUAAGACCUCCUGUCAGUAGUAGCAGAAGCGAUACUUUGGCUCCUUAGGCAUCUGAAACCUGGAGGACAACCUACCUGUCAGAUGCCUUCUUAUCAUGGGCUUCUGAGCUUCUCAGAUCUGUGUGGCAUUCCCAGAUGGAUGUCUUGGCAGAAUGCUUUAAGAUUUUAAGGGAUUUCCAGGACACACCCUCCCACAGUGCUCAAUGUGUAAGGCAGGUUGGGGUCUGACUCCAUUGAAGGGAUGUCAGUGCUAAAACGACCUCAUACAAGGACCAUUUGGUCUUUUAGUGGGAUAUUUUCUGUGUGGUCAUUGGCCCUCAGGGUAGUUGUCAGGAGGGUCUAGUAGUGGUCUGGUACUUAAUAAGAUCACAAGGCAUUUUUGGUUUUGGGACUCUUCCUCUUCUUAACACAUGCACACCCUGGAUUGAAGAAGAGAAGUUUUGAGUUCUUAGCAUGCAGGUCUGUUAGUGAUCAGUAACAGGAUUGCAUCAUCAAGAAAAGAAUUUUCCUCAGAAUAGUCCUAAAGCUUUCUCAGUCCUUGUCAACCCCUUCUGGAUUCAGACUUGGCUGUGGAGUUAGUGUGGGAGGCUCAGCCAUGUCCUGAAAAGUGCUGCCCCAGGCUUUGAAUCCAGCUUUUCUGUCUUUUGCUUUAGGAUCUUGUAGGCGUUCUCUGAGCUGGCUUUCCCAUCUGUAAGUGGGGACGAUGCCAAUUUCAGAAGCCUAUUAGAAUGAAAUAUGGUUAUUUGUUGUCUAAGAUAGGGCCUGGCACAGGGUAGGUACUUAAAUGGGUGAUUGCUUUCAUAUACAACCACUCAGUGAUCCCCUGCUCUCUCAUUGGGGAAGGAAGUAGGGAUUUGGUGGAGCCUGAAACAUGGUUAUUUCCCUUCAUGGAGUUCAAGCCCUGUGGAGGCUUCAGGCAGGUGGGUAAGUUAUGGCCCGGGAAGGUAACUACAGAAGCACACUGAAGUGGGGGGACGUCUUUCCCACUUUGGAGUGAUGGAAGUUUUGGGGAGGAAGUGAACUGGAAUUUGAAAAGUGACUAGGAAUGAGCCAGGUGGAGAAAGUAUACAACAGCAGCGUCUUUGGCUGCAGUAACAGGAGUGACCGUAGGUAAGAGUGGCUGGAUGUUGAUGGGAGGCAGAUGGAGUUCAUUAAUAGAGAUUGUGGUUGAGGAUGCUCUGGUGAACUCUAGAUCAGGGCUUCUCAACAGUGCUAUUGUUAUUUGGGACUUGAUAAUUCUUUAUUGUGUGGGGCUGUUCAGGCAUUGUAGACUGUAGCCGCAUUCCUGGCCUCUAUCUCCUAGGUGCCAAUAGUGGUUUUUAUGACAACCAGAAAGUCUCCAGACACUGCCAAAUGCUGGGGCAGGGGAAGUGCAGAAUCAUCCUUAGUUGAGAGUCACUGCUCUAGAGUCUGGACCCUUCCACUAAUUAAAUCUUCUCACAGCUGCUUACCUAGUUUACCUGGUUUGCAGGUGGAUGAACACCUGCCUAUUAGUAGUGCCCCUCAUCAAAUCCUGCAUGUAAACUGGUAAGAAGUGAUGCUUUCUCUCGUUUCCUGGUACAGAUCCUAGCCCAGAGGUGAUGAGCAGUAAAGCUGCAGAUUGGAAGGGAGGACCAGUGAAAACAGUGGUGCCGUGAAGAUAGGGAGGGAUUCCAGUAGUAAGCAUCUUAGCCAGACUUCAAUUGGUGGUGGUGGCAAUGGUGUCUGUACCCGUCCAAGACAACAUGGUAGGAAUAAAAUUUUAUAUUUAAUAGUAAUCAGCAUGGAUGUCGGUGCGUUGCAAACAUUGACUCAGCAGUGUCUAAACCUGGGCAUUUAGAGCAAGGCGUCAUGGAAUCUUCUGGAAGUGUUGCAAAUUCCUUUCCAAACCUAGUGGGCAGUUGUUUCUGUAACCUUCCCAUGUUAGGCCUGGGUGGGUCCCCUCUUAAUGCUGUCAUCUAGGGAAAUAUUUUUUUACCUUCAUAUCACUUUAUCUGUCAUUCCUUCUCCUGUUCUCUGUUGGCUGAAUGGGGCAGAUUAAAACAGAGUCCGAUUGGAUUAAUUAGAAUAAUUACCUCAAGGCUAAUUGCUUGCUUGCCGACUUCUUUAAUCAUUGCUACAUGGUCUGUGGUGUGGUGGCCACAGGCCCAGAGACCCAGGCCUAGGCCAGCCGUCUGGAAAUGACUGUGUAUCACCCAGCCACAGGGCAUGCACUGGUGAGCUCAGCCUGUGACUUUUCCAGUUAACAGUUGGUAUUGGAUGGAGUGGGCACCCUUGUCAGUUCUGGGAUAAAGGCUGAUCUUGUUCAGCUGGUUGAAAGCAAAAUUUAGCUUUCUGGCUUAAAAUAGUUGAGAAAGUAGGGCAGAUAGGUCCUAGGCCACAUCUCUCGUGUGGACUCUCUCUGAUUCCACUGGAGGGGGAGGAACCACAGGAUGAAGUCAGGGCUGUGCACCGUCAGGAGGAGCUCUGGACCUGGGGGUUGGCUGCCCUACCAAAUCCUGACAAGAAGGCAGGGGGCAGCGAAAGAAAGGAAGCUAGCAGUGAACCAUGGUCUC